AUGCCAAAGGUCAAGAAGGUCCAAGUAUCUCCCAAGCUACCUAAUUCACAGCUUCUCGAAGGAGCAGAGUACAUCUAUGAUUACGAAAAGGGCUUGCGAAGGGUCAAGCCGUACUAUUUUGAGUUCAAAACUUGGGUCAAAGGCAGAUGGCUCGGCAAGACCUUGACGGAGAUCUUUACCACCGAGUUCCGCGAUCGCGAUGCAGAGUACUACAAACAAGCCAUCAUCGAUGGGAAAGUACGUGUCAAUGGACAGCCGUCUGACGGUGAGAUGAUUCUCAAAAAUGGCGAUGUCAUGACACACACGAGUCAUCGUCACGAGCCACCUGUCAGCUUGCGCCCCGUCCAGAUUGUUCACUGUGACGAUGAUCUUAUCGUUAUCAACAAACCUGCGGGUGUGCCAGUCCAUCCAGCUGGUCGCUAUCGGCACAACUCAGUCCUCAACAUCAUGUCGAUUGAGCAGAACUUUGCUCCGACUAUUGCACCGUGCAACAGACUCGAUCGUCUCACGUCUGGUCUCAUGUUCUUUGCGCAACACGCAAGUGCUGCCGAAAAGAUGUGUCAAUACCUGUUUGAUCGCGAAUUGACAAAGGAGUAUUUGGCUCGCGUUGUCGGAGACUUCCCAGAAGGUGACAUUAUUGUUGAUCAGCCGCUCAAGAGCAUCAAUCCCAUGUACGGCCUCAAUCGUGUUCAUCCAGAUGGCAAGCCUUCCAAAAGCAUGUUUCGCAAGCUGUCAUACAAUGGAGUAACGAGUCUAGUCUGGUGCAGACCCUUCUCCGGCCGCACACAUCAAUUGCGUGUGCAUCUUCAAUGGCUCGGUCACCCGAUCGCUAAUGAUCCAAUCUACGCCAAUAGGCGCGUCUGGGGCGAUGACAUGUCGCAAGCCAACACCAAAACCGACGAAGAAUUGGAAGACAAGCUGAAUCGUCUAGGUCGCUCACAAGUUGCCGAUUUUGGCGAUUACGCACCCACUUCACAAGAACCACGCAUCGUCACUGAAAGCCGUCAGCACGAAUUCGUCACCAUCGAUACUAAAGCAGAGUCCAUUGCGAAACGCGAAAAGCGUAUGGGCGAAUUGCUCACGGGUGAAUCUUGCAGCGAAUGUGGUGCGCCACUCUACUCUGACCCUUCGCAAGAUGAGUUGCUCAUUUUCCUACAUGCUCUAUCGUAUUCGGCGGAUGAUGGGUCUUGGGCCUACAAGACUGAAGAGCCGGAGUGGGCUGCUGCAGACUGGUGCGGCGUCAUGAAACCUUACGUUCAGCCCGUGGAGGCAGAUAGGCAUGUCCCUGCCAAUGUUGCGAAAAAUGCAAAGAUGCCAGGCACACCUGUGCAUACAGCUGGUUCUGGUGCUCUUCACAAAGUAGAUGAUGCAAUUGCCCCAUCUCUACAGCUUCGUGCCACGCUGGUAGAAGAACAGAAUGUCCAACAGUCACAGAUGACUCCAGAUUAA